CAUCCUGUGCUGCUGACAGAAGCACCCCUAAACCCACGCAAGAACAGAGAGCGUGCUGCUGAGGUGUUUUUUGAGACCUUCAAUGUGCCAGCAUUGUUCAUCUCCAUGCAAGCUGUGCUUAGCCUUUACGCGACUGGGAGGACCACAGGAGUGGUGCUGGACUCCGGGGACGGCGUCACCCACGCGGUUCCCAUCUACGAAGGCUUUGCCAUGCCGCACUCCAUCAUGCGGAUUGACAUUGCUGGCCGUGAUGUCUCACGCUUCCUGCGCCUCUAUCUCCGGAAGGAAGGCUAUGACUUCCACACAACCUCCGAGUUUGAGAUUGUGAAGACCAUCAAGGAG